GAGGAAACCAACUGGUUUGUGUCAAGUCGGAGGCAGACGGAUGUGAUCGAGCUGAAAAUCACCUGUAUUCUGGCAUUCAUGGUGACACAUGAAAGCUCCAACCUUCCUCUAACUCUGUGGUCCUCAUCCGCUUGCAGUCCUUGGGCUCAGAGCGGGCGGAGAUGCGCAAGAGACAGAUGCAGGUUCACCAGGAAGCAGCUGCCAGUGUCCUCCAAGCACGCCACAAAAUGGGAAACAACCCCACCAACGCCUCAAACGCCUGCUGCUUCUGCUGGUGCUGCUGCUGUAGCUGCUCCUGUUUGACUGUUAGAGGUGAGGAAGAAACCAUACAGGGACCAACGUUCGAGCAGCGGCCAGAGGAAAACUCUACUUGUGAAGAAAGCCCAAAACCCACGUUGGACGACGCACACUCCUGGGCGAUGUCUUUUGAGAAGCUGAUGAAAAGUGCAGCUGGGCGAAGCUGCUUCAGGCAGUUCCUGAGGACGGAGUUCAGCGAAGAGAACAUGAUGUUCUGGCUCACCUGCGAAGAGCUGAAAAAAGAGACGAAUAAGACUGUGGUGGAAGAGAAAGUCCGCCAAAUAUACGAGGAUUUUAUCUCAAUUCUUUCCCCAAAAGAGGUCAGCUUGGACUCCCGUGUUCGAGAGGUCAUAAACCGCAACAUGCUGGAGCCGACCUCGUGCACGUUUGACGACGCUCAGCAGCAGAUCUACACGCUGAUGCAGAGAGACUCGUACCCUCGCUACAUAAACUCGUCUGCGUACACAGAUCUGCUGAAGAGCUUGGAGGAGCCUCCCCUCGAGCCAUAAACUCCCUGCACUGCCACACUGUUAGCUUUUCAGAGCAUGCAUCCCCCAAACACACACAUACUUAAAGAAAAGCAGGAGCUUUUGUGUAAAAAGUCAGACCUGCUAUUUAGAGAAAGACAGGAAAAUGAACACAGCUGAAAGCCAGUCUUUAUCCAGCUGGUAACUGCUGUUUAUUUCCGCAUGAUUAGUGAAUCUCCAAAUCCUUCAGAGCAACCAAGAACAAAAGAUAGGUUCAGCAUCUCUUACUGUAUUUGUUCAGAAAACAUAUCUAUAUUUUUAUACAUAUAUAUAUAUAUAUAUAUAUAAAUAUAUUCCCUAGCGCUUGACAUUGCACUUUUCUACCUUAUUUAAAGUGGGAAAGCAUGUAUCUUUGAGCACUGCAUUUGUAUUUAGGUAUAUUGUGAGCCUUAAUGCAUAUCCAGUUCUUGUAGAAACUUGUAGGUUUUGUUUAAAUGUACCAUAGGAAGAAAGGAAAGUGCCUUGGAACAACAUCUUCUACACAAGCACCUUUUAGUCCGACGUCAACGGUGCGACAAUGACUUCACAUGUUGGUGCUUUCAGCUCUCCUCGAAAGAUGAAAAAAAAAAAAAACGGUUUUUACAUCUAGACGAGCUGAUACCCAGAAAUCGAUCUUGUCUGUGUGUUUCAAUACUGUGAUAUUAAUCAUGUUUAAUUUCAACAGAACAGGGAAAAAUCUGCUGAAUACAUGACCAUGAACACUGAUAUAUUUAUGUAUGAUUUUAAAAAAAAGGGAAUUUGUGUGAAAUAGCUAUUUGAAUUCUCAUGAAUUAAAUAAAGCACAAUUAUAUGUUCUUGCUGUCAUUUGACAUGAGCAUUACCCAAAUGAUCAGUGAUUUCUUUAUUACGUUGUCUACAAUUUGCACGUCUUAAACAGCUCAAAAAACUUUAAAUGCAUGCAUUAUGUGCUACAUGUGCUGCAAAUUUCAUUUUAUGGUGACAGUUUUAAUCCGAACGUUAAAACUUGAACACAACUGGUCAUACAGUCAACUCAGCGCUUUAUACUGGAGCUGCAUUCACCCAGUCACACACCAACACGCAGAUCAAUGGGCAACUUGGGGUUAAUCUUGGGGCAUGUAGUAAAAAGGAACCUGGAAUCGAACCCACACCUUUCAGAUUGCAAGACAAGUAACCUACCCACAGAUCCAGUCAACCCAAUAAAGUGGUCCAUCAUAGCCCACAGAUUGAAGCAAGUUUUGGAGUGGAUAUUAGCUUCUGGAAUGACCUUCCCAAAGCCUCGCUCUCAACCAUGUUGAAAAUUUGCAAUACUAGGUUUAAAAGUCGAGUCUGAUAAGAGGGGUAUACUAUGUGGCCACAUUUAUCCAAUAAGGUUAGAAAAAGCAUGUAGUCAUGUUGCAACUUCCUAAUUGACUUUUUUUAAAUAUCAGCAGAGAUGCUUAUAAAUCAUUGAGUCUUUAUCCCAGACAUGGUCCCAAAGCAUAAAGAAAAUCCACUAGAAAUUCAAACAUGCGCACCCAGUUCUUGUUUUUAAACUUCAUUGAAGUUGUUUAUUUUCAUUUUUCACCCUAGAGACAGAUCAAUUCAAACAAAUCAUCAAAAGUCCAAAGUUAAUGAGAUUCUCUCCCAUGAUGAGUACAUGUAAGCUUAUAACCUUAGCUGGGUGCUAGGGCCACUGCAUUUCAUAUGUAAAUUUAAG